AACUCUAGCGACCUUGUUUAGUAAAGCUAUCAGCAGCGAUUAUCCCCUGCUGACGUAAUGCAUGAAAUACGUCACAGCGUUCUCUUUCGAAGAUUCCAGCAAGGAAUACAGGUCAGAAAAUUGUUUGUCUCGGUUAUUAUUUUUAAUUUUGUUAAACUAGAUUCUAUAAAGUUUUAAAUGAGCUGCGAUGUUAUUCUCUUGAUUUAUUUAGAAACUCUAAAUAUUUUAGAUGUACAGUACAGAGGAUUUAGAUUCUCUAUUUAAAUUUUUUAUACUGAGUAGGCUAGCAGAUUUAGCUCUAGAUCGGCCGUUAAAGACCCGAGCCCGUGGCAAACAUCUACAUAUUUUCACACCUUUGCUUUAUGCUUUUAACAUUGCAUUCAAUUUAUUUACAUAUCUGGAAAUGCCGAAGCGACAAUCCAGGGGCGGACGCCGUAGGGCGGAGACUUCCACUGUGGCCUCACAAGUUCAAACCAGGAGGACACGUAGGCGUACACCCAGAGCCAUUAACAGCCAAUUAACAGCACAGAGUCAUCCGGUUACGACGGAGUAUAACCAAAUCAUGAACUCUCACUUAAGUAGCUCUAAUCUGGGACAAUUUCACGCUUCAGACACGAUAAAUGACUUCAGUGCUGGAUCUGCCAAUUACCCCACCACUGGUUCCUUUAUAACAGGACUGUCUGGACAAUACCAGAACACCGACACUCGGGUUUCUCCCGGUAUAAGUACUUCUACAUGUACGGCUUUUGGUGUUAUUCCAGCUAAUCCGGGACAUCACUAUGGUUCAGGACAACUUCAGAACACUAACAUUUCUAGUGCUAAUAUUGGUUCAUUUAUUCCACAAGGACAAUAUACAUUUCCUCCAUUUUCUGGACAUGCUCAAGGACAAUUACAGACCAGCAGCAUUACAAACCCUCUUUCUUCUCCCAGUAUAAGUAGUUCUACAUGUACGGCUUUUGGUGUUUUUCCAGCUAAUCCGGGACAACACUAUGGUUCAGGACAACUUCAGAACACUAACAUUUCUAGUGCUAAUAUUGGCUCAUGUAUUCCACAAGGACAAUAUACAUUUCCUCCAUUUUCUGGACAUGAUCAAGGACAAUUACAGACCAGCAGCAUUACAAACCCUCUUUCUCCUAGUGUUCAGUAUAAUCCGAUUAAUCUGCAGGGAAAUGAACAGUUUCGCAACAAUUAUGUUGAACACCCUGCUCUGAUGAACACGGAGAGCAUUCAGGCCAGUACUAGUAACAUCCAACAAGAUUCUCAGCAAUACGGUACAGCCUUUCAAGAAGUCGGUGCUUCAAAUUCACAUGCGCCACAACCGACUGGGCCAUUACACAUGGAUUCGACCCACCCUGUAGUGAACCAAGAUGGCUGUCUGCCACAAUCGUCAGCUGUCCUACCUCCUGACCCUGUUACAGAAGAUACGUUCCAUGUGUGGAUAGUUGGUUCUUCCAUGGUGAGAGAUGCAUUUUACCAUGCAACAGACAAAAACCUUGGUCUCUCGCAAAUUGGAGGGUAGUAGAGUGGAAAUUUAAGCCUGGUUUGCGCGAACAUCAACUCUUUCCGCUUAUCCAGGAAAUGUCAACUGAUAAACCACUUCCUUACUUAAUUGUUAUUCACUGCGGCGGAAAUGGUUUAGGACAAGCUCCUUUGGGUCAUAUUCAGCUUCAAUUAAAACAGUCAGUUGAAUCCAUUCUAAGUAUUUUACCAUCAACAAGAAUUGUUUGGUCCUCAGUUAUACCGAGGCUAUAUUACCGAAACGAAGUUAAUCACGAUAAACUGGAAAAAGCCAGAAAAAGAUUAAAUACGGAUCUUUCAAAAUUCUGUAUGCAGUCGGGAGGUGGUUACAUCAGAUAUCCUGAAAUCACGCAUAAACCAAGAAUUCUUUUCAGAUGGUGUGCACUUGUCACAUAAAGGCAUAGAAAUUAUGGUGUCGAAUAUUCAAAAUGCACUGUUUACUUUUUGUCAGACUGAUAUUUUGUGUUACCCUCAGUAGAUUCAGUGAUAUAUUUGUAUGACUCAUUUUUGUCCCGCGCUACUCCGCCUUUCUAAUUUUACAAAUACGUGAAAGAUCUUAUAUGUUUUUGGCGGAGCUUUGACAGUCUGCAUGCUAGAUUGGACUGUCACGCUUUGGCAUACUAGCGCGGUUUUGUAAUGCAACCACAAUGUACAUGGCUGUCAAUUUCAAAAUUAUUCAUGAGUAUUUCUUAACAGAUAAAUUACCAUUGCAAAAUUUAAAACACGAUUUCAAUUAAUUACUUCAGAUUUUCCCGAGUAAAUUCACAACAAGUUCUAUAUUCUGAUAUCAUCCGAUUGUCCGGUGUGUGAGAAGCUGAUAUCAUCCGAUUUUCCGGUGUACAUUUAAAUUACGUCCGAUUGUCCGGCGUAUGAGAAUCUUAUAUCGUCCGAUAUCCGGCGAUAAAAAAUCAUAGUGUCCGAUUAUCCGGCAUGUUAUUAUUCAUUCUAUCUUCCGAUUAUCCGGAGUUAUCGGUCUCUGCCAUAUUGCCCCGGCUUAUGCCAUCUUAGGGGAUCAGCGCAGUACCGGAUGCAAAUUAUUCAGAUUGUGAGAAAGUUUUCUCAGUGCUUUAACGCCAUGCUCGUUGUGGUUGUAAAG